GUACUACAGGAUAAGCUCUUACAGCAUAUAAAGCCCAAAGCAGCUCCUCGUGGGAAACAGGGUACCUUAUUGAAAGAAAUUUAUCUUAUUCAUCGAUCGAAGCUGACUGUCAUCUGAUCUAAUUCUUCUCUCGUGUUUCAACUUGGCGCGCCGUUUGCUCCUCAGAUAAUAAAACAAUGUCUGCACCGUUCGCAUACGAUUCAUCGGGUCUGCGCGUUGCGCAGGCCGUGGGAUUAACUUCCUCGGCCUUUCUCUCUGGCUUUAUAUUCUCUAUCUCAACAAUUACUGUUCCCGCUAUCCUGCCAAACCCUCCAUCGACCAUUUUGAAAUCCUGGUCGAUUGCAUACAACAGGGGUAAAAUGAUUGCGCCGUCAAUGGCUCUCACCAGUGCCCUGGCGAACCUGUAUGUCGCGUAUAAAACAGAGGAUGUUGUUCCCGUCGUGGCAGCCGCGCUGGCCAUUGGCAUUGUCCCAUGGACCAUUCUCGUCAUGCUCAAGACCAACAAAGCUCUAAUGGAGCGGGAACAGCGCACUCGAACUGUUCAUGCGACGACGGAAGUUAAGGUUGAGAUAGAGGAGGAGGGCGUUAGAGCACUGACGGAUCGGUGGGCUACAUUGAAUCUGGUGAGGGCUGGACUCGUCCUCUCAAGCGCAGCUGUCGCAGCGUGGCGCAUUUUCUUUUAAUCUUUUUCUGAUCUUUCUGGUUCGAGAAAAACACUACGUUUCAUUGUGGAUAAGUAGUAAUCCACUUGCCGUUCCCAAAUCUUAUCCAACUCUUCUCUUCACUUUCAAAUAUUAUCGUUCAAGAAGCGCAACUGAUGCAAUGCGAUUUCGGGAGUACUAAAUUAUUAAAGUACUUAAGAAAGGUAUAAUAUAUUUACAUUUCUCAU